AUGGCCGCGCUGCGCUUCGGGGAGCCCCCGGCGGAGCCGCCCGCCUUCCCCGCGGGCAGGUGGGCGGGGGGCGGCGGGCCCGGCCCGGCCUCGCCCGCCCUCAGGGCGCUUCUGCCGCCGGAGCGGGGCCGGCCGCCGGCGGGCCGGGCCGGGGGAGCGGCGGCGGCGCCGUCGGAGGGGGCGCCGGCGGCGUCGCAGCGCCGGAAGCGGACCAGCUUCACGGCGGCGCAGCUGGAGACGCUGGAGCUGGUCUUCCAGGACACCAUGUACCCCGACAUCUACCUGCGGGAGAAGCUGGCCGACGCCACGCAGAUCCCCGAGUCCCGCAUCCAGGUCUGGUUCCAGAACCGGCGCGCCAAGUCCCGCCGCCAGCGGGGACCGCUCCGCCCCGGCCCCGCCGCGCCGCCGCCCGCCGAGGGCUACCCGCGGCCGCCCCGCUUCGCCGCCCUGCGCGCCCCGCAGCGGCCCCGCUGCGCCCUCUCGGGCCUGGCCCAGAUCGUCCCGGUCAAGCAGGAGGGCCCGGCCCCCUACGAGUGGCCACCGGCCGCCGCCUUCCCCCCGGGCCCCGGCUUCGAAGGCUUCCCGCCCAGCCAGCCCGGCGGGCCCGAGGCCGCCUCCUGGGCGGGGAGCUCCGCGGGGAGCGCGGCCGGUCCCUACGCGCCGGCCCGCGCCUUCUGCGGGCAGUACUCGCCCGUGUCGGACGCCGAGGACACCAGCGGCUACUCGGAGUCGGGCUCGGAGUGGGAGGAGACCGCCCUCGGCGCCUUCCGAGCCCUCUGA